AUGGACUACUUUCGAGGUGAUUACUAUGAUGUGGCUACCAGUUCAUUGCAACAUGAGGCGGUAAGAAUCUACCAGGAAGUACUAGCACGUUACACGACUUACAACAUUUACAGUCAAACCACAGUAUUCGCUCUUGUUUGCUAUAUUCUUUCGGAUAUUCUAUUUUGGUCGACACUCUUCACAUCAGUAGUGGCAUUUUAUUAUGCACAUAAAGCUAUAGUACGUCCUGAGGAGAUCAAUUACAUUCCAUAUGUGUGGUCGUUCUUAAGAGUGCAGUUAUUCCCUGUUCUCUUCACAUUGAUUGACACACUUCUCGCUGUGUUCACGGUAUGUUCAGUCUAAAU